AUGGUUUCUUCUACUUCAUUAACAGAUGAUAUCUUGAUUGAGAUCUUUGCUCAUCUCCCUCUGAACUCGAUCUACAAGUCUAAUUGUUUAUCCAAGGCAUGGUUAUCUAACCUCUCAAACCCUAAUUUCUUUAUCAAGUGGUUUCAGCUCAAUUACAAGUCUCUCCCAUGGAUACACUAUCAUAUGAUUACUCAAGAAGAUGCUGAUAAAGCAAAACCUUGGAGAUUUAGAACAGGAUAUCAUGAAUUGCAUUCAGAUUUCAUGUCUAGAAACGAACAUUUGUUUAAUUUUAAGUUUAUUAAAAAUCAAAAACCAGCUUAUCUAUGCCUCUUAGGUUCUAGUAAUGGUUUGGUACUUUGUGAUUCCUGGUCAGAUGGUCAGGAGAGGUAUCUUGUUUGUAAUCCACUAACUCAAAAAUGGGUUUACCUUCCUUCAUCACCGUGUCCCCGGGCUAACGGGGAAAUUACUGGAUAUUUUUGCGAGUAUUCAUCAUCAUUCACAAGUCGUUUUAGGGUUGUAUGUAUCCCCAAAUUUGAUGAGCCUUCAAAGAUAUUUAAUGUUAAUGUUUUUUGUUCUGAUCUGGGUGAAUGGAAAAGUUUUCAAGUUUCAUGUGAUGAAAAUGUCGUGUGGGGAUGGUGUGAUUGGGAAAAGGUUGUUAUCCAUAAGGGUGUUUUAUUAUGGAUUGAAGAGGGGAAUAGAAUGAUAGUUUACGAUCUCAAUCAGAAAACCCAAAGUAAUGGACAUCGAUGUAGUUUGAUUAAUUUGCCAGAUGUAAGGUAUGAUGAUGCUGAGUAUGGUAACAAUUGUCGAAUUGGGGAGUCUGAAGGCUGGGUCUGCUACGCUAAAGUUAGAUGGACAGACAGGGCAGUGACUAUGAAUGUAUGGGUGCUCGAUGGGGUCAAGUGGCAAAUAUUGCACUUUGAUAUUUCGAUUUCGAUAGACAAUAUCGUAACAGAACUGUCUUCUGAGAGAGGUAGAGCUGUAAGAAUCCAAGUCUUAGGUUUCAGUCCAGUAGACCGUAAUAUUGUUUUCCUCAGUUGGAAGCAUUGGGUUUGGGGGUUGAAUAUCCAAACGAGAAGCUUUGAAGAGCUUUGCGUGGAUAUCGGACAUUUAUACAGAAAUGGGAGGUUAGGGCCGUUUGUGCUAAAGCCGAUGCCAACAGUACUUCCAGCGCCAUCUUGGAAUGCGCUUUCAAGUGAUCUUUGCAUUUCAAACUGA